UGCAAGUUAAUUCCAGUUCUGCAGCUUCACAUUGGAGUCUGUUUUUGAAUGUUUUUUGUUGAAGAAUUGCCACUUUGAAGUCUGUUACUGGAGAUGCAGUAGACACUUGUUGGCAGCAACACUUUGCAAGAGCACCCACCGCUUACGAGCAACGUUUCCCCUGGGAACACUUGCCCUGCUGUAAGUUGUCCACUCGGUAACAGCAACGUAGCUGCUGCAUUAGAGCAACAUUUAUGACAUUGUGAUGUCACAUCCUCCGCUUACUUGCAUUGUUUUUUUUGUGGCAAAACCAGACAAAAUGCCAAGCAAUUUCUCACUGAAAGAAAAUCUACAGAUUAUCCACAACUGUCGAGCUCUGGGGGCUCCUCAACACCAAGUUGCAGCCAAGUGGGAGUUGCACAGGUUGGCUGUUGGCAGAAUGUGGAAGCAGAAGGAUAAGCACGAAGACAGACAGUCAAAUGGCUGCCGUAAGCUUCGGCAUGAAGGGCAAAGCUCCUGAUGUCGACUAGUCUCUCUUUAUAUUGUUCAAGGAAAAGAUGACUGCGGGUCCAGCAAGUAGUACUCCCUGUGCCAAGGAAAAACCCCUUCAGCUUGCUGCUUCCCUGGGGUUGAAUGAUUUUAAGGCAAGUGACAGUCGGUUUAGCCAGCAUUUCUUCCAUCUCAUAAAUGGGACUCUAGUUUGCAAGUUAAUUCCAGUUCUGCAAGGACAUGUCAAAAAAAAUGAAAAGCUAGGAGGAGGGAAAGUGUGCCAACGUGGAUGGGAGUGACAGACGCCUGCUGGGUCAUUUUGAUCGGGAAGUCAAAAUGACCCAGAUGCUUUCUGAAGGAUUUCAGUAAACUUCCCUUCAAUUGUCAGUUCAGCGAAUGCCUGGAUGACAGGUGAGAUUUUCAUCAACUGGCUGAAAAAGUGGGAUUAUCAGCUUUGCUUGCAGAGCUGUAAAAUAUGCCCCUUCCUGACUAACUGCUCUGCACACCCCCAAGGAAUGGGUCUCACUAACAUUCAGCUCAAAUUCUUACCCCCUAAUGCUACAUUUUUGAUGCAACCUAUGGUUCAAGGUGUGAUUAAGAACAUGAAGGGACAUUACCGAUCAAAAAUCACAAACCAGAUUAUUGUUGCUCUUGCUGCGGACCCUGCACAUAUGUUCAGACAGGCCUGAAACUUGGAAAUGUGCUAGAUUGUGUUCAUCUUGGUGCUGCCUCCUGGCAAGAUGUAAAACUGACAACAAUUUCCAAUUGUUACAGGAAAGGCAAAUGUGUUGCACCAGUGGAAGGUUUGCGAGACGAGGGGAUUGAAGACUGGCGACUUCCCUGAACAAUGUUCCACUUCCAGUCAACAUGGAAAAAGAGGACUUAGCAGCUGCUGGGGAUGAGGAUUUGCUCACGUUUGGAGAGCUACCCGAUGAGAAAUUACUGAGCUGCAGCUGCUGCAAGGCCAAAGAAACAAGCUUGUGUUGAUGAAACAUAUAAUUGAGAGGAUAAUCAAGAGAGUGAAGUUGUCCAACAAACUCUGAGCGGUUGAAGGCUUUGCACACACUCUGGCACUUUCCCCGGGUAGUGGGACUUGGUGACAGGGUCUGCAGGACAUGGAGUCCCAUCUUCAAAACAAAACUGGCAGGCAUUGUGGCGUUGGCGUGGCGUUGGCAUGGCUCGCAUUACCCUGGAGGACCUCAAUGGAUUGGACGAUGAGUCCCUUGAUGAAGAUGAGGAGCCAAUGGAUGGGGAAGAACAGAACAGGCUGUUCUCUCAUUGGGAAACAGUGGCCAGCACCCACCAAGUGACCCUUCCUCAAGAGAUGGCGGGUCCCAUCAUGCAGAUGACGCAGCACAACCAGGUGCGUGAGCCGGUGCCCUACGUCACCCUGCUGCAGCAUGAGAAGUGCGAGGAGCGGCUGUACCCAGCGGGGAAAUGGGCCUGCGUCACCAAGGGGGAGCCGAUGUACGAACAGAGCAUCUCCAUGGGCUUCAUGAAACUCAUGCGCUACAUCUGCAAGGAGAACUCCACAGGCCGCUACCUGGGCAUGACCGUGCCUGUGGUGAACGAGAUCCGCCUGAGUGAGGAGGGCACCGAGCUGCUGCGGGACGUCACCACUACCUAUUACCUCCCAGGGGAGUUCCAGCCCGACCCCCCUCUCCCCACGGACCCUGACAUCCGCAUCGUGGAGAGACAGCCGCUCCGCGUCCUGACCAGGGUUUUCUACGGGGUGACGACAGAGGAGACGAUCCUCCGGGAGAUCCGCCUUCUCUGGGAGCUGCUGGGCUCCACAGACACCGUGCUGCGGGAAAGCUACAUGGUGGCUGCCUAUGAGAACCCCAGCGUCCCUCAGCGGCGCAACGAGAUCUGGUUCAUCCGGCGGGCAGAAUGAGGGCAGCGCAGCCCGUGCUGGCCCUGGUUUCGAUGGCAGUUCUGGCUGAAGGAGAUGAAUGCACAGCCUGACGCACUGGUCGCCGUAGAGGAGCGCCGCUGCGCUGGACCCGAAGAGGAGACCUGCUCCGCGCCCAGCCCCGGGAAAACCAGCAUGUGCCAAAGGGCUGGCCGGGAUCCAUCCCACGCCUGCAGGGGGCAGCGUGCCCGAGUGGGGAGUGUGGCUGGGCACAUGGGGGCUGGCCGGCCAGGCCGGGUGCUUAUGCCCGUUUGUGCCAGGGUGCCAGCCUGGGCUCGAGGUGUCCGUCCGGACUUGAGUUUGCAGUGGUGGGCCGGGCACCACUGCCGACGUGUGGCUGUGGUUGAACGAGGUCCCUUGGGUGAUGACUGGGGUGGCACUUCCUGGGGCACUGAGCAUUCCUCCGUGUCUUGCCUGCUGCCCCCCCUUGCGCCCGCCGUGCUGCUGCUGAGCCUGUGGCCCCGGCCCUGGGCUGAGCAGAGAGGGGCAGCAGCGGGGCACUGUGUGUGUUGUGUUGUGCAUUGAUUGGUUGGUUUCACACUCACGCCUGCUGCUGGGGGAGGCUGGCAGCACGAACCUGAAAUAAAUCCAGCUCAAACCA